CUUUUCUGAAACAGGGCUAGAACCAUCCGCACCUGAACAGCGGAAGGUGUUGGGCUGUAUCCACGGGGAAGCACCAGCCGUAACGCCGGGAAAAGCAGCGCGUGGCGAGCGCCCCUCCAGAGCUCAAAGCGCGGGUUAAUCUGCUAAUUGACAAUGAAGCCGAGAAGGAUUACCUUUAUGAUGUGCUGCGGAUGUACCACCAAUCUAUGAAUCUCCCAGUGCUUGUGGGGGACCUAAAGCUUGUGAUUAAUGAACCAAGCAGAUUGCCUCUGUUUGAUGCUAUCCGCCCACUUAUCCCAUUAAAACACCAGGUGGAGUAUGAUCAGCUUACACCCAAAAGAUCACGAAAGCUGAAAGAGGUGAGGUUGGAUCGUUUGCAUCCUGAAGGACUUGGAAUAAGUGUGAGAGGUGGAGUGGAAUUUAGCUGCGGCCUCUUUAUCUCCCAGUUAGUUAAAGGAGGACAAGCAGACAAUGUUGGUCUUCAGGUUGGAGAUGAAAUAGUUCGUAUAAAUGGAUAUUCCAUCUCUUCCUGCACACACGAGGAAGUGAUAAAUCUCAUCCGCACGAAGAAAAUAGUGUCCAUAAAAGUAAGACAUAUUGGCAUGAUACCUGUCAAAAGUUCGGCAGAUGAACCCCUUAAAUGGCAAUAUGUGGACCAGUUUGUGUCGGACUCUGGGGAAGGAAAGGGCAGUGUUGCUGGUCUUGCUUCAUCUGGAGGGAGAGACAGUAAAGAGAAGAAAGUCUUCCUUAGCUUGAUUGGUACCAAAGGCAUGGGAUGCAGUAUUUCCAGUGGCCCAACGCAAAAACCGGGCAUUUUUAUCAGCAAUGUUAAGCCAGGUUCUCUUUCAGCAGAGGUGGGCUUAGAGGUUGGUGAUCAGAUUGUAGAGGUAAAUGGAGUGGAUUUUUCUAAUGUGGAUCAUAAAGAGGCUGUCAGAGUGCUAAAAAGCAGUCAUACCUUGACUAUCUCUGUUGUGGCAGGAGCUGGAAAGGAGCUGUUCAUGACUGAAGAAGAGAGGCAGAGAGAAGCACGUCUCCGUGAGCAAGAACGCCAGGAGUUAAUGCAUCAGAAGCGAAUUGCACUUGAGACAAACAAAAUCCUCAAAGAGCAGCAAGAGAAAGAGAGAUUAAGAAAACUGGAGAUUUCCCAAAAGGCUGCAGAGGAAGAAGAAAGAUAUCGCAGAGAAAUAGAGCAGAUAACAGCAGAGGAAGAGAAAUUUAAAAAGGAGUGGGAAGAAGACUGGGGGCCUAAAAAGCCUCCUAAAUCUCUAAAAACUGUAACUGCAGAAGUGCACCCUGCCCCUCCUUCUAAACACAAGAAAGAUUUAAAGGGAGUUGCACAUGACCAACUUGCAACAGAUGACAUGGAUGAAGUGAUCAUGAAAGAGGAUGAACAGGGCUUCCAGAAGUAUGUGGAAGAUUUUGACCCGUAUUCAAUGUUUACCCCAGAGCAGAUUAUGGGAAAAGAUGUACGACUGUUACGCAUUAAAAAGGAAGGAUCACUAGACCUUGCAGUUGAAGGAGGGAUUGAUUCUCCGAUUGGAAAGAUAGUCGUGUCUGCCAUCUAUGAGGGUGGUGCUGCAGACAGACAUGGAGGCAUAGUGAAAGGGGAUGAAAUACUGGCUGUAAAUGGCAAGAUUUUAGUCGAUGAUACACUGGCAGAAGCACAGGCAACUCUAGCAAAAGCUUGGAACAUGGGUGGGGAUUGGAUUGACUUAGUCAUUGCUGUGUCACCUCCAAAGGAAUAUGAUGAUGAAAUGACUUUUUUUUAAAAUAAAGAAGGCUACGCAGGAGAAAUGAAGUCUUUCCCUUGUAGAAACCUGCUGCUCUGUAAAUUCACAUCAAAUUAAUAGCCAUGUAGAAUCCAUCUUUGUCAGAAAUAUGAACAGUCAGAUCUGAAAAUUGAACUAGAGACUUUAGAUUCUUCAGGUAAUUUGAGUAAUUGCAAAUCUUUCUAUAAACAUACAGCAAUAAAUUGAGACGAUUGAGAGAGACUGCCAAUGAACGUAGUUUGGUCUGUGAGAACUCAAAAUCUGUUUUUCUCCAUUUUGGAGGGCCAAAUUUUGCAAACUAUCUUCUAAUUUUCCUGGAAAUGGACACCAGAAUGACAAAUGUAGAUUGAACACAGAUGUCUGUUCCCACAUGCAACAUUUGUGAUUACAUGUUCACAGGCUAGUUUGGGUGGCAAAAGGAUUAUAUUUUUAUUCUUAAUGUAGUAUUUUUCCAUGGGGAAAUGGGGCUGUAUAUGGGUGGCUUCUGCUCUCACUGAUAUCCCUGUAAGUCUCUAAUGUUUGAUUCUGUUGCCCAUAUGUUUUGAGUAUGAAAACUCUGCCUCCAGAAGGGCCCUCUGUAUCAGCUAUACCAGGAGUGCUAGCAUUAUAUUGAAUAAUUUUAGUGAUGCUUAUGUUGUAUAAGGGAUCUUCUCUAACAGCAAAGUAAAUUUUGUCCAUUUUCCUUAGCUAGCAAGUAUUCCAGAUAAAAUCAUUACGUGCAGUUGCAUUUAUACUACUGAGUCUUCAUACCGUUGGUGGAAAUUGCUGCUUCAGAUAUUCAUGGGUGAAAAAUUUGAGUGUGAUUCACAGUCUGUACUUACGUACUUUGUUCUCAGCGAGGCUAUUCACAAAAGCAAACUUUGCAGGAAGACACCAAGUAUAAAACUUUACUGUCAGGGACUACCUGUCUUCUGCUUAACUCCCUCUAGACCAUAGAAUCUAUAUUAACCUGAUUUCAAAUAAGUCUGAUUAAAAUUGUAGACUUAGUCAUUUCUUUAAAUUAUCAAUUAGUCAUUUCUUUAAAUUAUCAAGAGCUCUCCUUGGAAAUGUACUUGUUUUACAUAGAUAAUAAUACCUAAAAAUAUACACAGAUAGAUAAGCAAUACAAAAACUCAGACACUUUAAAUCUAGCAUUAGCUUUAACCUUUUUUUUUUCUUUUUAAUGUUAUUUAAAUGUUUUUUUAAUUAGCCAUAAAAUCUGACCUAUUCCACACCUUGUAGCUUUAAAUAUAGAAGGCAAGAGGCAAACUGUAGUAGCUUUGUUAUAUAAUAAGACCGAAUGUUGUCAUAAACCUCUUGAAAUACCAGACUUCAGAACAGCUGUGCAAAGGCAUUGUAUUUGCCAGUUUGCAUAGUGGUCUUCAUAACAUGUUCAGAUUUUUCUAACCUGAGCUAAUGAGAGCAAAAGUUUAUAUUUCUGUGACAUAUCAAGUAUCAAGUUGUCUUAUCUUCUCAAAGUUUGCAAACCCUCCUUUAUGUAACACAGAAAAAUAACAAUUACAUUCCUGAGAACUCUGUACUUAUAUGGAGAUGAGUAAUUAUGUUGACUUUUUUGUUUUAUUUGCAGUAUUGUUCCAGUAAGUCAAUUAACAUGUCUGGUAGGGUGCACAUGUUAGAAUGUUUAAAAUUUUAACUCUUACAACUAAUCCAGAAAUAAAAUUGAUUUUGCCAAAUGCAAGAA